AUGUAUCUUGCCGAGGGGAAUUUAUCGUUGACCAUUAUCUGGUACGUCGAAGUUUUCAGUGACCAGAAAAAACCAAUAUAUCCGCGACUGACUGUCUUAGUGUCUCCUUCGUCGCGCCGUGCGCCCCCCGCCCUCCCCUCUCGCGAGGAAGUUGCCGCGUUCGUCGCGGGGCUGUCGCCCUCCUCCUCCCUCUCCUCUCUUCCCUCCUCUCCGCGUGUGCCCGCGGGCCGGCCCGCCCCCGCGACCGCCUCCGCCGCCGCUGUCGCCGCCACCGCCACUGCCGCCGCCGCCGCCCCAGAUUGCUGUGUUUGAGUGGUGAACUAAGAUUAUCGGCGAUAUCCUCGAAGCGCAGAUAAGAAAUCCAAAGUUGGUCAAUUAUGAGAGCUCAAACGUUUUUUUUUGACCCACAUAAAGAAACAACAUGGCGAUGAAGACUCGGCAUAUAGAACCUCCGAACGCCAUAUCCUUCCCGUCCAAG